AUGUUGAAAAGAAACAGCUCGAGUGUAGAAUUGCUACCGCACGAUGUUGUAGAGCUCAUACUAGAGAGACUUCCUGUCAAGUCACUACUGAGAUUAAAGUCUGUAUCAAAGACGUGGAAACUCACAAUCGAGACACGACGUUUCCAGGAGAGGCAGUUGAUCCAUAGUAGCCAAGCACGAGAUCCAGAUAUCCUUUUCGUGCACUUUGAUGAUCAUGGUCUUAAGACAGAUGCUAGAAGACUUGUGGUUGGGUCAUCAGUGGUCUAUACGGUCUGUUUCCCUACUUUGUGCAACUCGGUUUGCCCUUGUAUUUGUGACGGUCUAGUAUGCUUCUACAAUUACUACGACCCGAGUGUCAGUGUUGUGGUGGCGAAUCCCGCCACUAGGUGGCAUCAAAGUUUACCUCGUGCCAGAAUUCAAAAUCUCCUCGUCGACAGGAUUAUUAAAAAAAUUUUUGCCUUCUCAUAUAAUAAGCUUGGGUUCGGUAAAGAUAAACUUAGGGGUACGUACAAGCCGGUUUUUUUAUAUAAUUCAUCUGAACUUGGCCUAGACAACAUUACUACUUGUGAGGUUUUUGAUUUUAGCACUAACGUUUGGAGGUACGUUCACCCUGCUUCUCCUUAUCGGAUAAUUGCCGAGAAUGAUCCAGUGUACUUAGAUGGGUCACUUUAUUGGUUAACUCAGUGUGAAGAAACCAAAGUAUUAUCUUUCGAUCUUCACACCGAAACUUUCCAAGUCAUCUGUAAAGCUCCCUUUUCCCAUGUAAAUCUUUACAGGGUCAGCAUAUGCAUCCUCGAUAACUGCUUGUGUGUAUCCAAAAGUAACUGGCCCAACCAAGAUAUAUGGUCGUUGGAUUCUUCAGGCGGCAACAUCAAGACUUGGAAGAAAAUGUGUUCGAUAGAUCUUACAAACACUUUUGAUUGGUCCGGGAAAUGCGCACUCUUAGCAAUAGCAGUUUUGGAUAAGACCAAGUUAUUACUUCGUGUUCGUGGAAGCCAUCACCCACUGCUAGUACAUGAUCUCCAUACCAAAUCUUAUGAGUUACUAUAUAGAGCUACCAAUGGCGUUGGUUCUGUUUGUUAUUUCCAAAGUUUGUGUUCUGCAUUAUGA